UGUGCAUUCAAAUUGAUAAAUUAUCAAAGAAAACAACUUAAAAUUCCUACCAAGAGGGAGUCCAACUGCCAAAUCCAUACCCAGGAGGCAUUCCCUAAACAUGGCUACGUUGCCGCCGCGAAAGAACCAAACGCCUACGCGUAUCUCGAAGCAGCAUCUGACGCCGCUGCAAACUCUGCUACAAAUGGGCUUUCCUAGGCAUAGAGCCGAAAAGGCUCUAGCUUCAACAGGCAAUCGAGGCGUGCAAAUUGCCUCGGACUGGCUGCUGGCCCAUGUAAACGAUGCCACCUUGGACGAGUGUGCACCACGAGAAUAUAUCAUUUAUGCCUGUCCCACUGGGCCCUUUUUGCAGCAAUUGGAGGAGUUCUGGUCGAAAUCGCGACUGAUGUGCGGCUGGAAUGGAGCUCACAACUAUGUGCCACACAUAACGCUCGUAUCAUUCUUCAAGGCUCCGGACGAAUGUUCUCUUCAAUUGUCAAAGGCUCUUAAGCAGGUCGUUGACAUGACCGGCGCAAUGUUGGAUCGGCCGAUUAAAUUAGAACCGUAUAUGAGCCAGAAUUUCAUGGGCUUCUUUGUGUCCGAAGAGGAUGCGAAUUAUCUGAAACGCCUCGCUUUGCAAUACGUCAAAGAGGUUUCCAACUCAAUUAUAAGCGAUACGUACGAGCAACUGGACGCCAUUGUAGCCUGCUUUCCCUGGUGUGGCGCUGUCUCCUCAGGCACACGCUGCAUACCACGCAGCAGUCGAUCCAUCUCAUUGGAGCCGCACGUAAAGAGUCUGCACUUGACGCUCGCAUAUCAGUUUCCGCAGGCACAAUUUAAUGCACUAAAAGCACUUGUGGAAACACUUGACGCCAGCUGCGCAUCCAAUUGGGAAUUGCGGUUGUACUCACGCGAUCCGAGACUUGCCACUAAACAAGUACAAAAGGUCGUUUAUCCGCACAGCCCGCACGAGACGGAUGAAUUGGAGUUGCGAAUAGGAGACUACAUUUAUUUAAACAGCGAAGCAGUUGACAGCUCCACUGACGGCUGGGCCGAAGGUAUAUCCUGGCUAACAGGUAGCGCUGGACAUCUUCCUGUCAAUUACACCGAACGCACAGCUGAGUCGGACGCCUGGACACUUCAUCGCGUGGUGCAACUGUCCAAGAGCAUAACACCAUCGCUUACAUCUGCUGAGGACCUGGAUAUAGUGGAUGGUCGCAGCAUAUCCACAGAGCCUGAAGAUCGCCAGCGGGAAAGGCAACAGAGCUCAAUACAACCAGAAAUUAUAGAGGGCUCCUCUUUCACAGAGGAAUCCGAACAAAGUGUUGAAAAAUACUUGCGUCAGACACUGCAACCUUGUUUGGAGCUGCAGCUGCUCAACAAUCACAAUCUGACACAUCAGCACAAUCCACACACGCCCACAAUUGAAAUCACAGCGAAUAUGUCAUCAUCUGGCUCAUUAUCAGUGCCCAAGCAUGCUGACGAAAUAAUGGUAGAGCCACCACAGCCGCAGGCGCCGAGGCCGGACGACACAUUGAGCGUUCAUUCGGAGCACUCGCAUUCGUUUUCAUUACAACAUGCGACAUCCUUGUCAGGAUUCGGUAAAAAUCGUAAGGUUUAUAUAAUGCGCCAUGGUGAGCGAGUCGACUUCACAUUUGGCACCUGGAUACCAUAUUGCUUCGAUGAGUUUGGCAACUACGUUCGCAAGGAUCUGAACAUGCCUAAAAAUUUGCCACGGCGCAAGAAUAGCCCAGAGGGCUGGCAGAAUGACUCGCCGCUGACAAAUGUAGGUUUGUUUCAGGCACGCCUCACUGGCGAAGCUCUGCUAGAGGCACAGGUGCAGAUCGAUCAUGUAUACUGCUCACCGUCGUAUCGUUGCGUGCAGACCUGCACCAGCGCACUGGAAGGACUAAAUCUAAGUGGCGAACAUAAAAUUAAGUUGGAGCCUGGCCUAUUUGAGUGGAUGGCCUGGUAUCCGAGCGGUGUACCCGAUUGGCUAAGCAAGAACGAGCUUAAAGAGGCGAAAUACAACAUUGAUUUAGAUUAUAAGCCGAUACAGCCCGCCGGCAAUCUAACCUCACAGCUAAAGGAGUCCACUGAGGAGUUCUACACACGUAACCACGAUGUGAUUUUGCAGAUAUUAGAGCAGACAACUGGAAAUAUUUUGGUUGUGGCUCAUGCAACUACCCUGGACACAUGCUCACGACAACUGACAGGCGGAGCAGCACGGAGCACCAACGAACUGCGUCAGGUUAUACACAAGAUACCCUACUGUAGUCUAGCCGCUGUGGAACAGGUGGAGGGAAUGUGGAAGUUGGUCGAGCCCGAUUGCCUACCCAUUACACACUCGAAGAAUCCACGCUUCGAGUGGAACGCUCUGGCGACCACAUAGUGUUCGUGCUUGGAGCAGUUUCUUUGCGUGCACUGAGACUGGAGGUUAUAGCACACAGAAACUCGCCUCACUCAAGAGACCCAUAUGAUACAUAUAUACAUACAUGCAUACAUAAAUAUGUAUGUUCGUAUAUACACACACACAAACACACAACAAAACAAGUUAAGUCUUCGAACGUGUGUCUGCCAUGCGACGAGUUUUAAGUUAAACGGUUGUUUUUAAUUUAUUUGUAUUACUGCCAGACGCAUAUUGUUGCGCCACAUAAAUUCAUUGUUAUGCAUACAUAUGUAUGUACAUACAUAUGUAUGUAUAGUGGCUAGAUACUAUAUAUUUUCGAAAAAUAAUAUGCACGUGAAUGUACACCGCUUUUUCAAGUUAUGAUGAUUAUGCAACAUUUUUAUGUAUUGAUAAUGGAAAUAUUAAGAUACAAGUAAUUACGCUCAUGCUAUAAUAAUUAUACACAAUUUUUAUACGUUGAUAAUUGACAAGAUAACAACAAAAAAAGAAAGAAAGAAAACGCUCAGCUUCAUUUGUGUUGCGCUCGCUAUAAAGGGCAAAAGUUUUAAAUGCAGCAAAUGAGCUACAAUAUGUACUAGAUCGAGGCAUAGUUAAUUAAUUGACAUUAACCAUUAGAGAAGUGCUUCUUCAAAAUUGAAAUAUUUGUAAACUGCAUUCAUAUAGGUUUUUAUGGCUUAGGCUUGAUUUAGCAUGGCCAGUUAUUAGAUUAGUUGUUAAUCGGUUUUGUUAGGAAGGCUCAAAUUACCAAGACACUUCCACAUACAUACAUACAUAUAGAGAGAACAUAAUAUGCAUUGACGAAUAGCUCUUAGAAAUCGAAGAUUUAACGACACACGAAAAUAAAGAGAACAUAUACAUACAUAUGUAACUUUAUAGCAGAGACCGUGAUGAUGUUUUACUUCUGGAAUGCUGGGAAUGAAGGAACAAUUCUUUUCAUUACUCUGUACGGCUCUGGAGAAAGAAGCCGCCCAUUUAUUUAUUUCGCAUAGAAUUAGUAUUAUAAUUUGUUAUAAUUGUUAAAACUAUUUAAUAUAAUUGUUAAACUUGAA